AUGGGUGAUCAUUCAAUGGAUACGGAUGAUCAUGAUAUUGAUGUCGAAGAGUGUGAUGGGCAGCCUAGUGGAUUACAAACCAACCAUAGCUUCAAUGAUGGAACUGAUUAUUACAUCAGGCAAACAUUCGAUAGCAAGGAACAUUUAAAAAUUUCGUUGAAGAAAGCUGCAAUAAAGAGACUGUUCGGUUUUGUAAUGAUCAAGAGUAAUAUCAAAUAUUUUAAGGUGGAAUGCACAUCUCCUAAUUGUGGCUGGAUGUUGCGGUGUAGUAAGUAUGACAACUCGGAUAGGGUUCGCAUUUACAGGUACAUUGGGGAGCACACUUUUGGUGUUGAACAUCUUAGGAGCCUUCAUAAGCAUGCCUCAUCACAUGUCAUUGCGUCAGUCUUAAUGAAUGACUAUAUUGAAAACAAAGGGCCAUCGACAAAGGAAAUCCGGACGGUUUUCGGGAGUUUCAUUAUAAACCGAGCUCUUUGGAAGUGUUGGAAGAAAUUUGGUAUAAUUGCUAAGAAGCUGGUUAGGGAGACAGCGGAGCACGAGUAUGGUUGCUUACCAGUUUAUUCUUACAUGGUUGAGAGUCUAAAUCCGGGUUCUAGAAUUUGUAUCAGGCUUUCGGGUGACAACAGGUUUUUAUAUUACUUCGUGUCUUACGCAGCUUGCAUUCGAGGAUAUACCACGAGAAAGGUUAUUGCCGUUGAUGGCACACAUUUAUACGGCAAGUAUGAGGGUGUCUUGUUGUCUGUCAUCGCAUAG